AUGGUGCUGAAUCACAUGUCAGACAUCGGGAACCUCAUCAUUGGACUCAUUUUCUUAUUACAAACAACAAUUGGAAUUCUCGGAAAUUUCUCACUUAUGUUCUACUAUGCAGUACUUUACUAUAGAGAACAUACAUUAAAGCCCAUAGAUAUGAUUCUUUUCAAUCUAACAGCAGCCAAUAUUAUGAUCGUUCUAUCUUCAGGAUUGCCCCACACAAUAACUCCUUUUGUGUUGAGGCAGUUAUUGAAUUAUUUUGGAUGUAGAUUAAUUUUUUACAUUGAAAGAGUUGGCCGGAGUUUGUCCAUUGGAACCUCCUGCCUCUUGAGUGUCUUCCAGGCCAUGACGAUCAGUCCCAGGGAAUACUGUUGGAAGGAUCAUAAAGUCAAAGUUGCCAGGUCCAUUGGAUGCAUCAUUUCCCUACUCUGGCUUUUCUACAUAUUGAUGCAUUUCAUUUUCUUUAUCUACCCAUUCAUUGAAAGGAAUGGCAAAAACAGGACAAGAACACAUGAUUUUGGAUACUGUUUUAUUGUACUGCACAAUGAAAUCACUGAUUUACUGUUUGUAGCAUUGGUGAUGUUCCCAGAAGUCCUUUUUUCUUUGCUCAUCAUCUGGUCCAGUGGUUUCAUGAUUGUCAUCUUGUACAGACACAAGCAGAGGGUUCAGCACAUCCGUAGAACACAUGGUUCAAGCACAAACUUCCCUGAGUCCAGAGCCACAAAGAAUAUCCUGGCACUGGUGUCUACCUUUCUUAAUUUUUAUACAUUAUCUUCCAUCUUAGAAGGUAGCAUUGCUCUUUCAUAUGAUCACAACAGGUGGCUGAUAAACUUCACUUCAUUUACUUCUCUAUGUUUUCCAUCUUUUGGGCCAUUUGUUCUUAUGAAUCAUUACUCCUUUGUGUCCAGAUUCAGUUUUGUCUGUUAG